UUGUUGUUGGAGAAAGGAGAGAAAGGAAAGCGCGAGGACCGUCGCCGCCGCCUCCACCAGCGCCCCCGAGCCGAAGCCGAGGACACCCGGCCGCCACCCCGCCGCGCCCUCCGCCGCCGGCUCCCGAGUCCUUGGUCUGUACACUUUGGACGACACCUCCCCGGUUCUCCCAACCCACGGUGUCCACCAUUACACUGUUCCUGCUUUUGUAAGGUCCGCGUGGAACUGACGUCCUGCGCAUUUGUCUUCCUCACGUGCUGUCCUCAAGCUUGUUUUCGACCAGUGUGUUUAUCCUUACACUUGAGCAGCAGGUUGUGCUUUCUGCUGUCCACAUGGCACCCUGGGCUCUGGGUGCUCCCAGGUGGUGGCAGGGCUGAGGGUGAACUGAACUACUCAGCCUUAAAAAAGUAGGAAAUCCUACCUGCCACUUGUGACAACGUGGAGGAUGGUAAGCCAGACACAGAGACGAGCCCUGCAUCUCAACGUCCAUACGGGAUCUAAGAAACUGACACUGAAGGAAACAAAUGUAGAAGAGUGGCUGCCUGGGGCUGGGGGCUCCGGGAGAUGUCAUUCAGAGGGUGCAGACCUUCAGUAAGAGACGAGUGAUUUCUGGAGACCUCACAUGCAGCGCAAUGCUCACAGGCUGUGCAGCAGGACCGUGUCCAUCUGUGGUGUGCCAGCAGGUGCACCUACAGACCGCCCCACCCCGUAACCACAGUCUGCUUUGUAAAUAAGCUCCUUUGUGACUCGUUCCAACAGCCUGUUGAAACAUGGUGGAUUACUAUGAAGUUCUAGGCGUGCAGAGACAUGCCUCAGCUGAGGACAUUAAAAAGGCAUACCGGAAACUGGCCCUGAAAUGGCAUCCAGAUAAAAAUCCUGAGAAUAAAGAAGAAGCGGAGAGAAAAUUCAAGCAAGUGGCUGAGGCGUAUGAGGUGUUAUCAGAUGCUAAAAAACGGGACAUCUACGACAGAUAUGGCAAAGAAGGAUUAAACGGUGGCGGUGGAGGUGGAAUUCACUUUGACAGUCCGUUUGAGUUUGGCUUCACAUUCCGAAACCCAGAUGACGUCUUCAGGGACUUUUUUGGUGGAAGGGACCCAUUUUCAUUCGACUUCUUCGAAGACCCAUUUGAGGACUUCUUCAGCAAUCAGAGGGGCCCCCGUGGGAGCCGGAACCGAGGCACAGGGUCGUUCCUUUCCACUUUCGGUGGAUUUCCUGCCUUUGGAGGGGGAUUUUCUUCUUUUGAUACAGGAUUCACGUCCUUUGGCUCACUAGGCCACGGAGGCAUCACGUCUUUCUCUUCCACGGCGUUCGGCGGUGGUGGAAUGGGCAACUACAAAUCUGUAUCAACGUCUACCAAGAUGGUUAACGGCAGGAAAAUCACCACAAAGAGGAUUGUCGAGAACGGUCAGGAAAGAGUGGAAGUUGAAGAGAACGGCCAGUUAAAGUCCUUGACGAUAAAUGGUGUGGCCGACGAGGACGCCUUCGAGGAGGAGUGUCGGCGACGAGGCCAGAGUGCGCUGCCCUCCCAGCCCGCCAGCACCAGCGCUCGCUCACUGAGGUCACACCGGCCUGCCUCUCUGACCAAACACGCGUCCCACUACGUUGGUGAUGACGAGGAUGAGCCAGGCCGCCCCAGGGCCACCGGCAGCUGGGAGCCCCCCUCCGUGUUCUCGGCAGCGCUGGAAGUGGCCAGGGUGACCACGGCAGGUUGUGAGGUGCGCGUCCGUCCUCGGUCCCGCGUCAGGGCGGCGUCUCGGUGCGUGCUGGAGGACUUCCUGUGGGAGCUCAGUCGCAUGAAGCCCCUUCCAGCCCUUCUCAGGUGGAGCAGAGGAUUCAAAGAAGGUGGCAAGAGGAAGAAGCAGAAGCAGAAGGAGGAGUCGAAGAAGAAGAAGUCGACCAAAGGGCACCUCUAGACGGGCCGCUCCGUGGCCGUGCGCGCGCGUUAGGUAGUGGCACCUGCUUCUCCACGUCCCGAGACCACACCUGCUCACGGCGCGGGGGACGCGCUGGCCUACCCGUGGGGCUGGCAGAGGCGGGGAGGGGCCUGCGGGUGGCGGUGGUGGGACGCGGAGCCGCCCGGGCCGUCCCUGCCUCUCCUCCCCAGCUCUGUGCCGGGGGCGCCUCCCCCGCGGGGCGCGGCCUCCCCGCUCCCCUGGCGCGCAGUGCCAAGACGCUUGUAGCUUUAGUCGUGUGCCCAGGACGGAUGGCGUGUGCGUGUUCGUGGAGCGACCUCCUCUCCUGCUGGCCGCAACGCUUGACUCUAGGCUCCAGUGCAGCGUAGGGAACGCAGAGGUGCCUCCUGAACACGGGCGGCCGCUCCUUGGUUUCAGGAGCCAGACCCUCACGGUGGCCCCUGGCCGGUCACGCCAGGCAUGUGGUCAUCCUCGUGUUUGUGGUUUUAAUUUUAAUCCUCUCCAGGGGGUCCAGAUGCAGCUGGAGUUAUCCCACGUCUCUUGGACCCAUAGCUGUUCUGGGCGUGUGCACGGGGUUCUGCAGAGUUCGGUCUGGCCACACCACCCUGCCUCUCAGCUCCGGUCCUGCUGGGGGUUAGACAAGCUCCCUGCACCCGGGUAGCUGGUGCUGAGCCAGUGCCGGCUCCUCUCGGGGCCACUGCGCCCUGGACAGCUUCCCGCGGUUACUUCUCUGCGGGACGUGCCUCCUCCCCUCCCUCCUGCCAGGGCGACUGGACUCCGUGCUGCCCCCCUCCCCGCCCGCCCACCGCCUGCGGUCAGGCCCCCGGGGUCCCCCUCCCUUUGCUCUCAGGCACUGAGAGCACCAUGGGGCUUUAAGUGGCGGCAGCUUUGACCCUGCAGUGUUGGAACCGGGCACCUGGGGCACGGCCCUCGCGGCAGCACCGCGGGCGUGGAAGCCAGGAACGAGCAUGCCCUGUGUGUGAAGGCCCGGUGGUGGCAGGAGGCGGUGCGGACUCGGGGGAAGAGUGGACAGGGUUUAAUGCUUGGUGUGGAAAACGUAACCAUGGAAGCAUCGUGGGUUUUCAGUGCCCCCCACGUCAAUAAAGUGUAAGCACAUUGACUCACA